AUGGGAUACAAAUACGAUGACCCUUCUCUAUUCAUGCAAAGCAGUGUUUUGCUAGAUCAGAUGGAUCAGCAGAUAGCGCAAGUGGAGGAAGCUAAAGAAGAGGUCUUUUCUGGUGAAUUUAAAGGGAAUUUACCAAAUCAGAAAAGCGGCCCCGCAAUCUCAACUCGAUACACUCAUACAAGCCAAAGAGCAGCUAUAUCAAAGAUCAUUCGAGAUACGCAACAAGAAGCCAUGGUAUUUGAGCAAGACUUUGAAAAAAUAACAAAGAAGCUCCAUGAUUUCUUAUCCAGUCAUGAGUACGUCCAAGAAGAAUUUAAACCAACUACAACUGAGCAGCAUGAACCUAUCCUCACUAGACCUACCAUCGACUUGACAAACUCCCUCUCCCUAAGGCUUUAG